UGGGUAUCUGCAAUGCCCCUGCAACUUUUCAGMGGGCCAUGAACAUGGCUUUUUAGAAUUUCGUACGGAAGACUCGUUUGGCACAGAGCACCAUCAAUUACUGCGUGAUUGUGUAAAUGGAUGACAUCCUAGUGUAUUCGAGUUCCUACGAGGGACACGUGCAGUACAUCGAAUGGGCACUGCAUGCGUUACGAGAUGCAGGUUUCAAGGUGGCGCUUAAGAAGUGUCAGUUUUUCCUCACCACCAUUUCUUUCCUGGGGCACGUGGUGACAGACAAGGAACUCCAACCGGAGCCGCAGAAGGUGGCAGCUGUAAGGGACGCGCCAGUGCCUACCACCAUCACGGAAGUCCGCACCUUUUUGGGCCUAGCCUCGUAUUACCGAAGAUUUAUCAAGGGCUUCAUGGCGAUUGCGGGACCCCUCACAAAUCUCAUGUGCAAGGAUCAGCCGUUGAUCUGGACGCCGAAGUGCGAUCAAGCGUUUUCCAAACUCAAGGUUGCUCUCAUUUCGGCUCCGGUCCUUAUAAAACCGGAUUUCGAAAAACCUUUUGUUCUCAUCACCGACUGGCAGCUAGAGGCGAUUUCGGCGCUCCUUGCCCAUAUGGGACCAAGCGGACUCGAGAGUGUGGUGGAGUAUGCGUCGAAAUCAGUACCCGCCUGCAAGCGCAACUACGCCGCUCUGACGGGAGAAUGCUAUUCGGUUCUCUGGGGAAUCAGUCACUUUCGUGCUUACCUGUAUGGGCGAAAGUUCACCCUGGUGACUGAUCAUGAGCCCCUGUUGGCUCUGAAGAAGUCGAAGGAUUACUCGGGCAUGAUUGGGCRAUGGGCAACGUGGACUUCGUGCUUGGAGGAACCUAGGGACGAGGAUACGCUACCAUCGCGGCAGGAGUAUCUGAAGCCGUACGAGAUCAUCCCUUACGCCUUCUACCCGAGAGCAGAAGAAGUGGUGAUCGACGACGACAACGACGAAGAAGAAGACGACGACGAGGAAACAUUGGAGGAGGGAAGCUAUAGUGAACAUAGCGAGGGCGAGCUGAGUGAGGAGGAAGAGGAAGAAGAAGGAACCGGKUCCGAGUGGGAAGCCCCGCCGCAGGAAGCAACGCGUACGGGAACGAAGGCGGAAUAUCCAGAAGCGGCGCGAAAGCGCGAAGAGAUUGCCUCAGGAAUGCGCCAGCUGGAGUUCGCUAGCGAGGCUAGCCUGCGCAUCGGUAGCGAUCCGACCAGGGAUCCAGAGCCGCCGAGGCCCGAAGAUUGCGACCCUGCAGCCGCCACCUUAAGUACCGCGCGACGGAGACGGCGCCGAUCCCCCUCCUCCUCCAGCCCCACCCGUCCCCGAGUUCGCCCACGUACCAAUGCGGGCGAUARGCCUUCGACCUCGGACGCUGUCCCGCCGACCCCUUGAUUUUCUCACCCUCGAGCAGAUCCGUACCCCCGUCACCUUCCCUUCCCAUCCCUUCCAUCCCCAUCUCUUCCGUGACUUCUACUCUACCCGUUUACUCG